AUGGACAACCCCGAAGCGCCGAAAGCCAGACGUCCACUACCAACCCCUGGAGCAUCUGCCUCCCAGAGGCCGAACACUCCAAUAUUGACCUCAUCUCCUGUACCUGCGAGCAGUUUCUAUGCGUCUUCAAAGCCCCCACCCCUUCCAUCACGACCUCGAAACCCAGGCUCGACACACACAGCCUAUGUGCCACCUUCGACGGACCCUCCACGCUACGCAUCGCCAACUCCGGGCUAUCGUGAACCUGAACUUAUUACAGAAGACAGCUUUCAGGAUGAUGACGAUGUCCCCGACCUUAUUCCUCAAACCGACACCUGGAAUGCCCAUGAAAAUUGGCACCAGAAUUCGGAUUGGGCAAAUCAACCGUCAUGGGAUGCACAAGACACCUCCGGCUGGAAUGGUGUCCCUAGUUCCUCAAACACGGGAUUGGAUUUCGACGCAAUGGAUUAUCUCAACUCGAAUCGCAUUGAUCAAGAGUUUACAAUUGAUGGUAGGGCAAAUAGGGAAGAGAUUAAUUGGUGGAACCCAGAAGAACGCGCCAAACACAAUCGGCCAGGACCUGGCAUUCUUCCUCCCAUUCUCGCUGAAGAGCUUCACGAUCCCAAUCAUUCCUUGUUCUCCGUCAACGUUUCCACACCUUCCAUCGCACUCUCAGUCUCACAUUCCUCUUCUUCAGGCGUUCAGUCCUCUCCAGGCGCUCUUUCAUCGUCGUCCACCUCUGCAAGUGAAGCGCCUCAGCCAUCAGAGACCGAAGUACGGAAGGCGGUACCCCAUCCGAAUGCAUAUUAUUGCCCGAAAGAGAACGGAUGGAUCAUUCUUAGCUGGAAACCUUCCUCUGUCGCACCUCCUCUUGCCCGUUCCUAUCACGAAGGCGCAAAUCCCCCGCUUCCAGACCAAGCCCGUCGCCGACGUACCGCGUCUUGCAUAGAGGACGGUGAACAGCCUUUCGGAAAGAUGAAUAAAACCCAUCACUUCCACAAGUAUGAAAGGGCUGUAGAUAGUCACAAGCUAACGCCACCUUUCCGACGGGAUGAAUGGCAAUCCCUUGAAAAUGUCAAACAGAAGCGACGUGUCGGUGCUAUCAUGAACUCUAACUUGGAUAUUAGUGCCAUGGGUGCCGACUCGCUGGACGAGAGCACUGAAGAUGCUGCGGAAGACGAGGGAAGGCUCCUUGAUCUAUAUGUCUGCUGUCAAUGUUCGUUCUAUUGUGUCGCCUCUGGCGUUAUUCCAGGCGUUAUUCCUCGCAAACACAUUGAAGAACUCAUUCGUGACAAGAAGGGGCAUCCACCUGUCGGGAAAACACCUGAACAAGCGGUUGCUACCGCCUUCGAAACCUUUUUAACCGCCAUUGAAAAUAAGAUGUGGAAGGGCAAUAAUCGAAUGAUUAAAGUAACCAGCUCAGGUUUUCAAGCGAAGGUUGGUUGGAACCCCAAUAUUAAACGCAUGUUCGAAAUUCUCGGAUUCAUGGAAGAAACUCUUGAACGCGACAGCACGCUGAAACCCCCAUCGAUUGACGCUUCUUCUCCCUGUGGCAAGCUGAAUCGACGUAAACUCCUCCGUGCAUGGGUGGAGAUAGGUGCUUGGCUUUCAGAUUACAAGCGGGUCCACGCAUCCCAUUUCAAGGAAGCAAAAGAGUUCAAGCUUUAUGUUCAACUCGAUAGCGCGCGGGAAAUGUAUCAAAGCGCAGUUGGUGCCCACCCUGAUCAAAUACCGCGAGGAGGCUUGUCUGAGUCAAUGUUAGACGCGGUUGGCCAUCUUCACGCUUCAUGGACAGGACUUGGCUUGACACCGACAACCUACUCGUGCGAGCUUCUUGCGUUUGCCUACCUUGCACAGUGUCGGUGCGAUCCUGCAGGGACUCCGAAGUAUUUCACGCACUUCACCAACAUCUUGAAACAACUUCAGGAAUACGGCAGCUGCCCUCCCGCGCUCCAAGAAUUAUUGGUCAUGGAGCAAUCUCGAGAACGGUUCACGCUCGAAGACAUUUCUACAGCUGCCGCACAGCUCGGAUUCGGCUCAGAAAACCCCCUCGCCGUUGAAUACGACGAAGACAUCCCAGACGAUUUCGUUGAGAAUGCCUGGAGAGAUUGUGUCAAGCGGUCUUGGAGGGAUCACGAACACGGUACAGAAAACCACCGGCUUGCCAAUGAAGCCUUCAGGAUUCUUGCAGAGUCUAGGGGUAGUGUCAGAUUGAGGACCGUUUGGGAAAACGGCAAGAACAAAUUUAUGAAUCCUGACAAAGCCUAUGACACCCUGGAAGUUCCUAAGGACGUUGAAGAUUACAUGUUGAUCACGGUUUAUAGCAUGAGGCUCGAGGAAACCCCAACGCAACUGGACAAGAUGCGAGAAGCGAUGACAGUCAUCGCUGAAGUUCGAGAUAGCGGACGACUGCGGCAAUUUGUUGCGACCGGUGUUGACCCGGGUGAAAUCAUUGCUCCAACACGUCCUGAUUUGCCUCGUGGCCUCAAUCAACUGGGUAAUACAUGCUAUCUCAAUUCAUUAUUGCAGUAUUUCUACACCAUCAAGGAGCUUCGCGAAGCCGUGUUGCCCAUGUCGAAACUCGACCUGAAGGCGCUUGCUGACGAAAAAUUGACUGAUGAAGACUUGAAGAGACAUCGCGUCGGUGGGAGACUCGUAACACGACGUGAAAUUAUUCGCUCUCGGAAGUUUAUCAACCAAUUGGCGGAUCUGUUCUACAACCUGGAAUACUGCGAGACUGCCGCCGUGACUCCAACGAUUGAACUAGCGAAGCUCGCUCUCGUCACAUCAAGAGAUGAAGAGGAAGAUGAAGUUGAUAGAGGUGGUACAGACUCUUCGAACGAUACUGAUGCAACUCUGGUGGAAGAUGGUCCUUCUCGAUCAUCAUUCCAUCCAACGCAAUCUCCUGGAAAGUCAGUGCUAGGCAAACGCCCCCGAGAUAUCGACCGUCAGCGAAGCCAGAUGGAUGUUGAUAGCCCGAUAUCCCAAUCACCUCCAGAGAAGGAUGGUUUCGUUGUUGUAUCCUUCAAGGAGAAGUCUUCAGAGCCUCAUUCCCCAACUCACUCAAGGACAGAUGCAUCCUCGUCGAAAGUGUAUUCCACAGACGAGGAUGGCGAUGUUAGAAUGGCAGCUCCUUCCCCGCAGAAACCCUCCCCUCCCCCUCGGAAGCGUGCAGAAGCCUCUGAUUCCACCAUGAUGUUUGGAAAACAACACGACGUUGCAGAAUGCAUGGAUAAUUGCAUGUUCCAGAUCGAGACUGCGCUACUAAGGUUUGACGACAUCAGCGAGACUCAAGAUAAGACAAGCGUUGUCAAAAGACUCUUCUAUGGCAAAAUUCGACAGCGUCUCACAAGUACGGAAUCUCGGUCCUCAAUACACGAAAAGGAAGAUCUCUUUUCCCAUCUACCUGUAAACGUCACGAACGAUGGUGUGGACAUUUACGACGGGCUGAGCGGAUAUUUUGAUGAUAUGGUCGAGUAUGAGGGACGUAAGGCUAGGAUGGAAGUCACCUUGGUCGAUUUGCCUCCUCUCCUGCAAAUCCAACUGCAGCGAGUGCAAUUCAACCGCGAAACUCUUCAGCCGUACAAGUCUCAAGCAUAUGUCAAAUUUGGCGAGAACCUGUACAUGGAUCGUUUCAUGGAUACAGCAGAUCCAGCCAAAAAAUCGAAGUCCAAAGCAAUCCAGGCGGAGCUCACUGCUUGCAGGGAAAGAGUGCGCCUUCUUGUCGAGGGAAAGGAUACACCUUACGCAUCUUCGUUGGAGCAUACUCGCAACUUUUUGUCGGGUCUGAAGGCACAGACUGUCUCUGGGAUCGACGACGAUCUCCUUCAACAAAUGGGCGACGAGCAAAACAGGGUUCGCGGAGAGAUAGAUCAUCUGCGAGCCCGUGUCGAUAAGCUCAAGGAUGAACUCGAGGCCAUCUGGCGCGAUAGCACCGAGGUGGCCUAUGAGCUUACCUCCGUCUUCAUUCAUCGAGGAUCAUCUCCGUCAUGGGGGCAUUAUUUCUUCUAUUCCCGACACCUACCUGGAAGUCCCGAUUCCUGGUUUAAAUACAACGACUCGGACGUAUCUGUUGUCUCCAAAGAGGAAGUACUCGCUGAUACCACUGGAUCCACUGCCAACCCUUACCUGCUCGUGUUUGCCCGUAAAGGAUCAGACGUCGUCGACACUGUAAAACGCUUUGACCUCUCACAGCUGGACUCUGCUUGA